CUCUCGGAAAAGGUGCAAUGGGGCGUGUAAUGGCGGAACCUCCGAAUCUCAUGCUGCAAGCAAGAGAACUCCUUGCGACUCCAAGCCACGAACUGUUAGAGAGUCUCGUCAUCCAUCUCUCAACGCGUCAAGAAACCACCGAAUAUCAAACUGCGAUUGCUCUGUUAAAAUUCUGCAUCGUUAACUUCGCCAACUGCUUAACCCUAAAGCUUCUGCAGAUGUAUCGCUCUUCUUCCGACGCCCUCCUCAGAUCCAAAUCGAUCGUUGUCCUUUCCCAAACCCUAGCCGCUUAUAAAGCCCGCAGGUUCGAACUAUCUCUCGUCGCUCUCAACGGGAUCAAACCUCUUGUGAUCUCUUGCCUUAGGAUGCAAGAAACCGAAAUCAAACUCUUCAGAAGAAUCGUCUCUUUCAUCGCUCACGACGUUGUGAUGCUUGAUAACGGCGGGUGGGACGAGCUCAGCGAUUGUAUCGUCCAGCUCUCGAGUACCGUACCUCUCAAGGCAUUACACGUCUUCGUGGAUUUGCCUCCGGUGUACGGGAGAUUCAUCUACAGCUGUUUCGGGAAGAUUGCUGAGAGAGCGGAGAAGGUGUUGCUUAUGCCUGAUCAAGACCGGGUCGAAGAUUGGAGUUUAGGUUUACAAGCUGUUGUGAAACUUGGGAUUCAAGUCUUAGAUUCCGAGCUGAGAUUCGAUAUGGUGAAGGGUCUUCUUACACUUCUUGUCAAGGCAGCGAGUGAUCUUGUGGAAAAGGGUAUGGAAGAGUUUCUUGUACGAGGGCUUGCAGAUCUCGAGAUGUUCUUGUCACGAGAUAAGAAGUUGUAUAGUUACAAUAAGGAGCAAUGUCAUUUUGUGUCUUGCUUCUUGUACAAGAUCAAAGACUUGGGACCACUAACCAGACAGGCUACGGGGAAGAUCCAUCGUUUGGUUAAGUCUACCCCAUCUCUCGUACGACAGCAACAACAACAACAAGGUCAUGGAGCAUGUUCUGAAGGUGAAUGGCUUGAUCGUCUGAACAACUUAAAGCCACUUGAGAUGUUAAGAAUCUUUGCGUCCACUGAUGUUGAAGAGAGGUUCAGAGAAUUGGCAAUCAGACGGCUGAACGUGUUACUCUCUGAUCGCGUUUCAAGAGAAAAGUCAGCAGACAUGAAAGAACUUCAGCCACUGCUCCUCUCUUGCCUUUCGAGUAAAGAAGGAAUCUCUGAGAGCAUGUUCAAAGUCCUUGGUGAGGUUGUCUACCAUGUUGCCUUUGAGAUGACCAACUUCCAUUUUGAGACAUGGUACGAUCUUUCCGACUGUAUUGCAUCGACCAGCGAAACGGAGUUCGAGAGAGCGGUUUAUAUCUUCCAGUGCUUAACAAUGUGGCUUGAUGAUGAAUUUAUGGUUCCUAUAGUGAAGUUUCUUCUCCCAGAGAUAAACAAAAGGCUCAACCCACCGAGAGAGGUGUUGGUGGAUAACAGUUGCUGGGUCUUGGCGUUUUUGGGUGCCUUCUGUGUCAUCAUUCAAUUGGUAGAGAUGGAAACUUCUGCUGUGGAGGAGAUUGCAGAUAAGAUGGUAGAUUCUGUGAGAGAGCUUGUGGAAAGAAAAAUGGAAGUUGGGCUUGUGAGGAGAGCUUUCAGAGAUUUGGAAAGCAUUGUGAAGAAGCAAAAGGAAUGGUUUGGUGAUAACGAAUACGAAUUGAUUAAGGCUCUGCUUCAGAGACUCUACGUAAUCAAAGGCAUGACAAUGGAAAGUAAGAUGGUGUUGUGGAGAAUCAACGUGUUUGUGGAGAGAGGAUUGGCUGAUCUGGCUGAAGUGGAACCAGACGGUGAGAUUGAUUGACCUGUGGCCGCUUAAGGGUUGUAUAACCUGAUGGUUUGUCUGAAAUUCUAUAGAUAGACGUUAAUGUCAAAUUGUAAAUCAUUCUUUCAUUGAAUAAAAAUUCUC